CGCCCUCCCCUCUGGACGUGCCUGUUUAGGAGUCGAGUGUUAGUGAUGAACCACAGGAAACGGAACACUAUCCACUUGUCCACAGCGAGACUCCAUCUCCUUAGCCACCCUCUGCGUUCAUUAUCUUGUGUCUGUGGUUGGGACGACUCUGGGAUGCCGAUGCUUUAUGGAAUACUGUCGAAACGGUAGGAAUACCAUCGAGAAGAAGCAGGAAACAUGAGCGUGGAGGCGUACGGGCCGAGCUCGCAGACCCUGACGUUCCUGGACUCCGAGGAGUCGGAGCUGCUGGGAGCGGACACCCAGGGCUCCGAGUACGACUUCACCGAUUUUACCUUGCCCAGCCAGACGCAAACGCAGGGCCAGACCCACGGCCAGUUAGAUAACCAGGUCAACGGUUCGGAUGUUGUGCUGCAGAAUGGAGAUGACCCUGUGGGGAAAGCCAGCCAGCUCCUUGCAGAAUUAAACUUUGAAGAAGAUGAAGAGGAUGCUUACUACAGCAAGGACCUCCCAUUGCAUGCCUGCUGUUACUGUGGAAUUCAUGAUCCAGCCUGUGUGGUCUACUGCAACACCAGCAAGAAAUGGUUCUGUAACGGCCGUGGAAAUACAUCCGGCAGCCAUAUCGUGAACCACUUGGUGAGGGCCAAGUCCAAGGAGGUGACCCUGCACAAAGAUGGCCCUCUGGGAGAGACGGUGUUGGAGUGCUACAACUGUGGCUGCCGCAACGUUUUCUUGCUGGGCUUCAUCCCAGCCAAGGCCGACUCAGUGGUGGUGUUGCUGUGCAGACAACCGUGUGCCAGUCAGAGUAGCCUGAAGGACAUUAACUGGGACAGCUCCCAGUGGCAGCCACUCAUCCAGGACCGCUGCUUCCUGUCUUGGCUGGUUAAAAUCCCCUCAGAACAGGAGCAGCUCCGGGCCCGGCAGAUCACCGCCCAGCAGAUCAAUAAGCUGGAGGAGCUGUGGAAGGAAAAUCCCACUGCUACUCUGGAGGACCUGGAGAAGCCCGGAGUGGACGAGGAGCCACAGCAUGUCCUCCUGCGUUACGAGGACGCCUAUCAGUACCAGAAUAUCUUUGGUCCUCUUGUAAAGCUGGAGGCUGACUAUGAUAAGAAACUGAAAGAGUCACAGACUCAAGAAAAUAUAACGAUUAGAUGGGACCUGGGCCUGAAUAAAAAAAGGAUUGCUUAUUUCACCCUUCCCAAGACUGACUCUGAUAUGCGACUGAUGCAGGGUGAUGAAAUCUGCCUCAGAUAUAAAGGAGACCUGGCCCCUCCAUGGAAAGGCAUUGGACAUGUCAUCAAAGUUCCUGACAACUAUGGCGAUGAGAUUGCCAUUGAGCUUCGGAGUAGUGCCGGAGCUCCGGUGGAGAUCCCUCAUAACUUCCAGGUGGACUUUGUGUGGAAGUCCACCUCCUUUGACAGGAUGCAGAGCGCCCUGAAAACAUUUGCUGUGGAUGAGACUUCAGUUUCUGGCUACAUCUAUCACAAGUUGCUGGGACACGAGGUGGAGGACGUGCUCAUUAAGUGCCAGCUGCCUAAACGCUUCACUGUUCAAGGCCUGCCUGACCUCAACCACUCUCAGGUCUAUGCUGUGAAGACAGUGUUGCAACGGCCCCUCAGUCUGAUCCAGGGUCCCCCCGGCACAGGGAAGACGGUCACCUCAGCCACCAUAGUGUACCAUCUGGCUAGGCAGGGAACCGGACCAGUGCUGGUGUGUGCUCCCAGUAACAUUGCUGUUGAUCAGCUGACUGAGAAGAUUCACCAGACGGGGCUGAAGGUAGUGAGACUUUGUGCCAAAAGCAGGGAAGCCAUAGAUUCUCCGGUGUCCUUCCUGGCUCUGCACAACCAGAUCCGGAACAUGGAAAGUUUCUCUCUGGUUGAUGUGGGCAGCAUGCCGGAGCUGCAGAAACUCCAGCAGCUGAAGGAUGAGACUGGAGAGCUGUCGUCCUCUGACGAGAAGCGCUACAGAGCUCUGAGACGCACUGCUGAGCGGGAGCUUCUCAUGAAUGCCGAUGUGAUCUGCUGCACAUGUGUUGGAGCAGGAGAUCCCCGUCUGGCUAAAAUGCAGUUCCGAUCGAUCUUGAUUGAUGAAAGCACUCAGGCCACAGAACCAGAGUGCAUGGUGCCGGUUGUCCUUGGGACCAAACAGCUGAUUCUGGUGGGGGAUCACUGCCAGCUGGGGCCUGUGGUGAUGUGUAAGAAGGCAGCAAAAGCAGGCCUGUCCCAGUCUCUCUUUGAGCGCCUUGUGGUUCUGGGCAUCAGGCCCAUCCGUCUGCAAGUCCAGUACCGCAUGCACCCGGCCCUCAGCGCCUUCCCCUCCAACAUCUUCUAUGAGGGCUCCUUGCAGAAUGGAGUUACUGCUGCUGAUCGGGUGAAAAAAGGCUUUGAUUUCCAGUGGCCACAGCCAGACAAGCCCAUGUUCUUCUAUGUCACCCAAGGCCAAGAGGAGAUAGCGAGCUCUGGAACAUCCUAUCUGAACAGAACUGAGGCUGCCAAUGUGGAGAAAAUAACCACAAGGUUACUGAAAGCUGGGGCUAAACCCGACCAGAUAGGCAUCAUCACUCCCUAUGAAGGACAGCGGUCCUACCUGGUCCAGUACAUGCAGUUCAGUGGCUCCCUUCAUACCAAGCUCUACCAGGAAGUGGAAAUCGCCAGUGUGGAUGCUUUCCAAGGCAGAGAGAAAGAUUUCAUCAUCCUCUCCUGUGUGAGAGCCAAUGAGCACCAGGGCAUUGGCUUCCUCAAUGACCCCAGACGUCUCAACGUGGCGCUCACCAGGGCCCGAUAUGGAGUGAUCAUUGUGGGGAAUCCGAAGGCCCUGUCCAAGCAGCCUCUGUGGAACCACCUGCUCAACUACUACAAGGAGCAGAAGGUUCUGGUAGAAGGCCCGUUAAACAACCUGAGAGAGAGCCUCAUGCAGUUCAACAAGCCACGGAAGCUGGUCAACGCCAUCAACCCGGGUGGCCGCUUCAUGAGCACAGCCAUGUAUGAUGCCAGGGAGGCUCUGAUUCCUGGCUCUGUUUAUGACCGCAGCAGCAACGGCCGACCUUCCAACAUGUAUUUCCAGACUCAUGAUCAGAUCGGUAUGAUCGGUUCCGGACCCGGUCCAAUGUCGUCCUUGAACAUUCCUAUUCCCUUCAACCUUAUGAUGCCUCCUAUCCCUCCACCUGGUUAUUUAGGACAGCUAAACGGCCCCUCUGCAGGUCGUGGUGGAAGCAUGAAGAAUAAAUCAGCCAGCACAGGUGGCAGCGGAACUCGAGGUGCUCGUCAAAGAAACCGUGGAGAUGUGGGAAUAGACGGAGGUCACAUGACUGGUAGCCAGGCUAGCCAGGACCAGGGCUCCCAGCCGUUCUCCCAGGGGCCCCUCACACAAGGCUACAUCAGCAUGAGUCAGCCCUCACAGAUGAGCCAGCCCGGGCUCUCCCAGCCUGAACUCUCACAGGACAGUUACCUAGGAGAUGAAUUCAAGUCCCAGUUUGAUGUGGCUCUGUCCCAGGACUCCACAUACCAGGGCGAACGGGCCUACCAACAUGGAGUGACUGGACUGUCCCAGUACUAGAAUGUCGCUGGAACAGAGACCUGCCUGAAGUUUGGUUUGUUCGUAUUUUAAUCCGGGUAAUAGAAAAGGAACAAACAUGGAUACCCGUUUUCCAGUGCUGCAACCGAAGCACCGCUUCAGUGUGAGAGAGGAGGAGACCAUGAGAAACCAACCAAUCACAAGAGUGAGAGCAAAAAUGGGAGUAGAGCUGGACGGGAGGAGAAGGAGGCUGGCAAGGCACGAGGAAGUACCGCUGGCUGCACACAGGUGAAGACGUACAGAAAGGAAGCCGGCGUCCUCAGAGCAGCGAGGUCCGUCAACUGGUCAGGGAGUGGGACAGGUCUAGAUGAUGGUGGACAGGUGUGAAGGGGACAGUUAUGUCAUUGUGUCCCUAAACCUCUGAAGUCCUCCAUGAGAGGAUUUGGAAUCUUGCUCCAAAAGCUGAAAAUGGUGGAGAAGAUCUGUCUCACACUAAACUCCUCCAACAUGGGAUCUUCUGGGAGGUGGAGCAAGACAAAAUAAAUGGAGACAUAACUCCAGAAGCAGUCGUUAUGGCAACUCUUUUAAACCCAACACUUGAAACAAAGCAUCUAGAAGAAAUAUUUGGCAUUUCAAGUGGGCUCAAAAGUGUUUGUGCUGCUGUGCUGCAAAGUUGUGACCUUUUAAGACUGAACACACACACGGGUCACCUGUUUUAUUUCCUUAACUUUGAGAAAUCUUACAGCUUCCUGAAGAAGUGUGUUCAGAGAUGUUUGCUAGUGUACCUUGCCAUGUUUCAGAGCAUGUCUGCUUAAGAACAGGUGGUUAUAUUAGAAUUGAAUUUUGAAAAAACAAUCAUUUCAGAUCUUAGUAAUACAAAAAUAGGCACCAUAAAUGUCUUGUAAAUGUUUGAAAGUGUCAUGUUUUUCCUCUGGUUAAACUUAGUAAAGCUUGGAGCUCCUAAUGAUUUUUCUGUUAAGCCAAAUUAAGCGAGCUGAACUUUACUGAGAUUUGUCUCGCGCCAAAAUCCAUGCAGUGAGGUUUCCACAGUUAAAGGUCCUGAAUAGGAGAACAGCAUGAGGAUAUGUAGGGGAAAAAGUGAGGACACAUUUUCUUUCACGCUUUUAAACGUAAACCUGACUUUAAAUAAACGAUAUUGCAAAGUCUUCAAACUCCAUUUUCUACCAUAACAAACUUGUUCAGCAUUAAAGCUGCAGAAUGUAACUUUUAUUAAAAAAAAUGUUUUUUUUUACAUAUUUGUUAAAACUAUCACUAGUAAUAUUUUUGAAGAUAGAAAACAUUUCCUUAACAGUGAAGGGUAGUUCAGCAAAAUUUUGUGGAAUGCAUAAAAUCUUUGCCUUCAUAAUGCAUAGAAUGAUUUAACUGACCCAUCAUGUGACUAGGUUUAAUUAAAAAAAAUAAUAAAAAAUGUUAAAUAUAAUUACAUUUUAGCUCCACAAUGCCACCUCCCACCCCUUUAUUAUUAUUAUCAUUAUUAUUAUUAUUAUUAUUAUUUAGGUAUUUAUUUGUAUUCAUUUUUUCUUGUUUUUGUUAUGUCAGUAUGAUAAUUUAUGUUCAUUAAGGGAAAAUAAAAUUGGAGAAGUCAUGUAAGUUUUGCAAAAUGUAUGUAAUGUCAAUAAAUAUAUAAUCUCCUGACAAACAAAUAAUAUAAAAAACUAUCACUAGUAAUGUAACAUUUUAAUAUGAUAAAGAUAAUCUGUGAAGCUCCUCUGCCUUCUGCCAGUUCUCCAAGUUCUAACCAGAAAAUGCACCACUUGGAACCAAUCAGUGCUAAGAGGGUCUCAGCACUGUCAAUCACUGCAGUGUAAUGGCUGCUCACACCCUUACUCUCUGCUAGGCUACAGCUGGUUCCCCACAACAGAGCCUGUCAUAAACGAUCAGGCUAGUUAGCAUGGCCACUGCUGGCCACUCAAUGUGCCAAUAGCACAUUGAGCAGUGCGUACAUGAUGUUGAUUGACAGCACCACGACCCUCCUGGCUCUUAUUGAUUCUUUCUGACCAGAAGCAGUGCUUUUCUUUGGAUGGCAAUAAGAGCACUGGAGGUAGUUAGAGAAGCUCAAUCUUUUAUUAUGUGUUGAAAUGUUACAAAUGUGAAAAACAACAUAAUUUUGUAAAAGUUACAUACUGCAGCUUUAAUCCUGCUAUAAGAUUAAAGAUAUUAUGAAGUGCUUAUACAGUGUUGACUUAAAAAAAAAAGUAAUUGGUUGAGAUCUGUUAUAGUUAAAAAUGACCUACUUUUGAUUAAAUGAGCUUUUUUAUUUAUUCUCUAAUCCAAUGUUUUCCCAGAAAUAUGAAAAGUUAACUAAAAGUUUGGUGUCAUUUCCCGGCAUUAGAGAAACUUACUCCUCCUAUUUCACUCCAGCUCAACUUGUGAUACAACACCAGUAUUUUUUACCCUUUUGACCACAUGAUUAGUCAUCUUAGCACUGGAGGCUAGCAGUUAACCAACCUGAUGUUUGUCUUAAAUGUAACAGUUUAAAAUCUUGCACAAGCCUAAAGAAUUUAUGAAUUUGCUGUUUUUUUUAAUCUACAGCAAUGAACUAUUUAGAAUCUUUUAUUGACAUUACAUCAGAUUUAGAAUUAAACCCUGCUGAGUCAAAUGUACUUACUAGCUCUCAUAAUGCAUUACAUCUUUUUCAUGAACAGGUAAUGAAACUUCCAACCGUUUUUUGAGUUUGAUUGAGCCUAAAAACCACCAAUAAAUGAUCACACAAUAACUUACUUCCACAAAUAAUAUCUGUAUGUUUUAGUAGGAACAGGACACGAUCCCUCGCCGUUUUUUUGCAGAAUUAAACCAAACAGUUUUGUUUUGCUUCUUUAAAAUCUGCUAAUCAUGACAAAUAAAGUUUCUCUUGAUUACUCUCA